AUGCCAAGAGCCAUUGAAUCUGCCUUCAUCUACACCAGAACUCACAUUCUCUUGAAGCUGCCCUCUCAUCCCCCCAUGCGGAACUUGAGGAGGCCUCCAUACCAGGUGGUGCUACAUUGGAUUGCGGAGUCGUGGGAGCAAGUGCCGUGCGAGAUCAUCCUCAAGGCGUUCAACACAUGCGGCAUCUCGAGCAACCUCGACGGGACGGAGAAUCACUUUGUAAUGUCUUACAUGCGUGCGAGGAGCAGCACUGGCGUGUCUGAAGACAUGUCUCUGCGGGGGCGCACAUGCGACAACAAGCGCCUGCUUGGGCAGGCUCCGGGGGGGGAGGAGGAGGAGGAGGAGGAGGAGGAGGAGGAGGAGGAGGAGGAGGAGGAGGAGGAGGAGGAGGAGGAGGAGGAGGGGGAUGGGGAGGAGGAGGAGGAGGAGGAGGAGGAGGAGGAGGAGGAGGAGGAGGAGGAGGAGGAGGAGGAGGAGGAGGAGGAGGAGGAGGAGGAGGAGGAGGAGGAGGUGGAGGAGGAGGAGGAGGACGAGAUGCAGGCCUACGGCGUCAGGGAGGUCGGCAUGGCAACUGGGCUGGAGAUGGGCAGAGACCCCUGCUACCGUGGGGCUGCGGCUCUGGCUGAUUGCCUAGUGGAGCUGGCAAAGACGGCCAAGCACGCCUGGGGGGUGCCAGACUUCGAAGUGCAGGAGCCCUCUUUUGCUAGUGCAGAUGAAGAAGAUGAGGGCGUAACCGAGGGAGACUAG